UUUUGAUUUUAUACUUCCUUUAAAAUUUACCUAAGUAACGAUUUUGUUAGGAUUAUUCCCACGUUCAAACAACUUGUGUGACCAAAAUGGCUGUAGCAGCUUGGGAAAUAAAAAAGGAAAAAUCGCCUGACUCGAUUUGCCGCCUGUGCUUUACGGAGGGUGAAAGUUAUCGGUUGAUUUUCGACGACGAGUAUUCUUCGCUUCAUGAAUGGAUUGAGAAUCUCACAUCUUUGAAGAUCAUGAGAGUUCCAAGUGCGCCGGCUUCGCUAUGCUUGGAAUGUGAAAAAACAUUACAAAAUUUUGAAUCAUUUCGAGAAAUGUGCUUCACCAAUGAUCGUGUAAUCAAAGAGAUGUUUACCCACGAUGACUCAAGCAAUGAACAUGCGGAUCUUUCGGAAGCUAUGCCAGUAAUAUACGAAAUUACAAGUGAUCAACGCCAGGACCAGCAAAAUUACAUGUUGAGCCCAACAAUUGAUUCACAGGUAGACAAUACUGAAAUUACAAUCGAGUACCAGAAUAUAAAAAUCGAAGUGUCCAGUUCAACCAAUUCAGAGGAAAAUUAUUACGAAAAGGACGUAAACGAGUCAAUUAUCGAUACAAAGGAGGUUUUGGAACUCGCAAAGAGUGAGUCUCACGUGAAAACAGUAACCAUAGAAAAGAAAACACAUAUUUGCAGUUUGUGUGGUAAGGGAUUCACAAAUUCAAACCGGUUGAAAAUUCACAUACGAAGCCACACACAGGAGAGACCACACAAGUGUAAAGACUGUGGUAAAUCAUUCAUCACACCCAGCAAUUUGAAGCGGCAUAUGCGAGCUCACAGCGGUUUAAAACCAUACUCAUGCGAUAGGUGUGAAUCGAAAUAUUCUCAAUCUUCCCAUUUGGUACGCCACAAACGAGCCCACUUGAGAAAGGACCUGAUGAACACCAAAAAUGGCACUGAAGAAAAUGAGUCAGGUCGUGAUACAGAGGAAUCCGAAAAAAAUAAUUCUCUCUUGGAACUAAUGAAAGCAAAUGAUAAAAGCAAACAACAUUGUACAAUCUGCAACAAAUUUGUACUAAAAUUGACUGAUCAUCAGCUUAUACACAAGGAAAUAAGUCCUUACCAGUGCAAAUACUGUCCCAAAGGAUUCAAUCAAAUAAAUAAACUAACAAUGCACACUCGGACGCACACCAAGGAGAAACCAUAUGUUUGCAUUCAGUGUGACAAGAGUUUUAGGAAUUCGGGUGAUUUGAAAGUUCACAUUAGAAGUCACACGCAGGAGAGACCAUUCAAGUGUAAAGAAUGCAAGAAAUCAUUCAUCUCAAUCAGCCAUUUGAUGCGACAUAAUAAAACUCACAGCGGUUUAAAACCAUACUCAUGUGAUAUUUGUCAAGCCAAAUUUUCUCAAAAUUCCCAUUUGUCACGUCACAAACAAGUCCACCAUAAGAGCACUACAAUGACAGCAGAAGCAAGUGUGUCAAAUCGUGAUGCAAAGGAAGACCAAAAAAUCUAAAAGAGUGAGCUGCGGCAUGCGCGAUCUCACAUCAUUCUACUCAUUUAAUACGUCACACACGACUCCAUUCGAUAUUUAACUUUACCAGCUAACGAUACCAGCUAACGAUAUUUAGCUGGUAUUUAACGUUUUAAUUAUUAUGUGAUCAAAAGAUGAAGAAAGCCAGUUCACUCUAAUUACAAAACUUCAACUGCAAAACAAGACGUUUAUUUUUUUCUUCACCAAAAACUAUCUUUUAAAUUGAAAAUAACCAUAAAAUUUCAAUAAAAUAUCAAUCAAAUAUAAUACCUUCAGACCCUAUUAUAAUUGUAUUGUACCGACGAAAGGACCUCAUUCAGGAUUUUUCUAUGAUCAAGAUACUUAACAACCCUUAGCAAAGUCCCAUUAACUAUAAAUUCUCCUGUGUUAAUCAAUAAGUUCUACUGUAUUUUUAUUGUUCUUGAUAAAACAAUU